UGGUUCUCCUAUCAACCCAAACAAGCUGAAACCAGCACUCCAGCAGCACUAGCUAGUACCAAACAUCUGACAUGACGCUCACCCAGAGCACUAACCAGGCCUUGCUCGAUGCUCAGCUCAACCUCUUGGACAACACCUUCGGCUACAUCAAGUCCAUGGCCCUCAAGGCCGCCCUGGAUCUCCGCAUCGCCGAUGCCAUUGAACACCAUGGCGGCGCCGCCACCCUUCCCCAGAUAGUAGAGAGGGUCAUGCUCCACCCAUCCAAGAUCCCCUCUCUGCGUCGCCUGAUGUGCGUGCUCACUGUCUCCGGCGUAUUCGGCGUGCAGCCCACGGACGGCUCCAGCGAGCUUUUGUACGCUCUCACACCGACGUCCCGCCUCCUCGUCGGCCCGCGGAACUUGGUUUCAAUCACAGCCAUGUCGCUCAGUCCCCACUUUGUCGCCUCCUACCUCGAGCUUGGCACAUGGUUCCAGCAGGAGUUGCCGGAGCCCUGCAUCUUCAAGCUGGCGCAUGGCGAACCAUUGUGGAAGCUGGCUGAACACGACGCGACUUUUGAUGCGCUCAUCAACGAUGGGAUGGUCUCGGACACCAGCUUCAUCAUGGACAUCGCCAUCAAGGAGAGCGGCGAGGUCUUCCAGGGGAUAACCUCGCUGAUCGAUGUCGCAGGGGGUCUCGGCGCAGCAGCCCAAGCCAUGUCAAAGGCAUUUCCGCAUGUGGAAUACACCGUGCUGGAUCUCGACCAUGUCAUCGCCAAGGCUCCCACUGGCACCAAUGUGAAGUACAUCGCCGGGGACAUGUUUGAGAGCAUUCCACCGGCAAAUGCUGUCUUCCUGAAGUGGAUUCUCCAUGACUGGGGCCACGACGAUUGUGUCAAGAUAUUACGGAACUGCAAGAAAGCCAUUCCUCCGAGAGAUGCUGGAGGGAAGGUGAUAAUCAUGGAUAUUGUGAUUGGAGCAGGACAGUCAAACGUGAAGCACAGAGAAGUGCAAGCCUUGUUUGACGUGUACAUGAUGAUUAUAAAUGGCAUUGAGCGAGAUGAGCUAGAGUGGAAGAUGAUGUUUUCUGAAGCAGGGUUUACCGACUACAAGAUUAUACCGGUUCUAGGUGUUCGAUCCAUCAUCGAGGUCUACCCAUAAAAAGUCUAGUCAUGUAAACCACAUAAUGGCGUGGUGUUGUUUCUCUUUCCGGUUUUACUUAGCCGCUAGGAAUUUGAUUUCCCUAAAGCUUAGAGCACGCGAUGUGUGUGUGCCGAGCAUGUCGAGUCCGUGUCUAGCAUCGAGUCUAUUCACGCAGGGUCGUAGUUAUUUGCCGCUCAUGGGAUGGCAAGAGUCUUAAGGAUCGUGGCGUGCGCAUAGUCCGGCCUUCAUGUCCGUUUCCCUUUCAUUCAAUAAAAGGAAGAAAGAAAGCCGAAAAUGCUGCGGCAGUUGAGCAGCACAAAACUC